AUGCAACCCAUUACUCUUCUCGCACUUUUCGGAGCGGCACGGGCCAUUUUGAUGCCCUCCCCACCAGGACCCUACCAUGUCGCCGUCAGCGACUUCGAACUCGACGACCCAAAUCGUGUUGACAACUUCGCGCCAGAGCCAAAAACCAAGCGCCGCAUCAUGGUAUCAACCUAUCUUCCCGUUGAUGCCAAGCACCACUGCAGACCCCAGGUUGUCCCCUACAUGCCAGCCCUGACAGCGAAAGUCUUCGGUGAGCUGGGUAUUACCCUCGGCAUUCCAAACGGAACCAUUGAGAGUUUCGAAAUGGAAUUUUGUAACAUCUCUACUAUCAAGUCCUCUAAGAGCAAAAAGGAAUUCCCCGUGGUUAUCUUCUCACCUGGGGCGCAGGGAACUAGACUUGUGUAUGGUGCCAUGGCCAGAUCGUUGGCUAGUCUUGGGUAUAUCGUUUUCACGAUGGAUCAUACUUAUGAAACUUUGGUUGUUGAGUUUCCUGAUGGAACUGCUGCGUAUCAUACUACGAAUGAUACUCCUGAUCUGGUUAUGCUAGAGGCUCGGACAAAGGAUGCAUCAUUCUUGACCUCCCAACUCUCCAACAAAACCCUCACAGACUCCAUCUUCGCGAACUUUCCCGGUACUUUCAAUCCCGAAAAGUUAGCCAUAUACGGCCACUCCUUCGGCGGCUCAACAGCAGCAGUCACAGUCCAGCGCGACCCGCGCAUCAUAGGCGGUCUUGGUCUCGAUGCUCCAAUCUACGGAUCCGUCAACCACGAAGGCUUUAAAAAGCCCUUCAUCCUCGUCGGCGCUGAUAGAAAAGAUCCUUUUGACUGGGACGAGUUCUACAGUAACAUCGAUGGGUCUAAGAUGGUGCUUGAGAUUAUGAAGACACAGCAUUAUGCGUUUACUGACGUUCCGUUGAUGUUGACAAAGAUUAAAAUUCCGAAAGAGUCGCAGGGUGUUGUGGAUGAGAUUUUUGGGACAUUGGAUGGCAGGAAGGUUGAGAAGGCUACGAAUCAGAUUUUCGUUGGGUGGAUGGAGUUGUUGUUCAAGAAGACUGGUCCGCUGAAGAAGGUUGGAAGGAAUGUUAAUGUCAAGGUGUUGCGUAGUGACUUGGCCAAGCACAGCUAA